CGAGAGCCUUGUACUCGUUGUUCUGAUCGUUGCGAUGUCGGUCACAGAAGUGUUGUGCCGCUCGGCGGAAUUGGGUGACAGUCAACGGAUCACUGAGCUGCUGGAUGAUGAUGUCAACCCCAAUUUCUUUUCCUCUCGUCGGCUCAAUCGGGCGGCUCUGCACUUGGCAGCCGCCAACGGCCAUGCCGAUAUCGUCCUUAUGCUGCUCCAAGUAAGAGGGCCCGGCGACAUUUCAUGCACUUUGCAAUGGCUUCUCGCUCUGCCUGUCCGGCCCUCUUCAGGCUGGGGCGUCUGUGGAUGCGAUUGAUCGCUAUGGCUGUACGCCUCUCAUGGCCGCAGCGUAAAAUAACCUAUACGACUUUCUCGUGUGGGCCGAGCACUCCUUGCUGGGUCCCUGUUGUGUUCCCUGCAGCACGGGUUUCUGUCCGACUCGUUCGGUAUCAUGCCUUCGCGCAUUGCUUGAGCACGGGGCUGACGUCAGCGCCGUGGACUCCCACGGAAACACGGCCCUUCAUCUGGUGAGACAGCCCGAGACUCCUCCACAUACAUUUCUUUGAGCGUCUCACUCCUCUGUGUGACAUAUACAGGCGUGCGGCAACGGGUGCGUUUCAUCUGUCGAGAUACUGCUGGAAGAGGCCCAACCAGAGUGGCCGGGAUGGGUACGUCUGUGCAGCUGAAGCUUCUCGCCCUCCGUAAAUCAUUUGUGUCAUCUGUCCGCUGUUGACUGUGUGCAGGGUCUGUUGUCUCCGCUUCACUUUGCGGCGGACGCUGGCUGCGAUGCCAUUGUGGUGAUGUUGCUGGAGAGAGGGUGCGAUCCAAACAGUGUGGACGCGUGCGGUAUGCGGCCGCUGCACUGGGCGGCCCGUGGCGGCCAUGCUGGUACCUGCCUGACUCUCAUGCAGAAGGGCGCAGACCCCACCGCACAGGACUUCGUAAGCACGAGACAUGUGCUAUGUGCUCGCACACGGCGUUUCAGCAUUUGUUUGUGUUAUUGUGUCGGCCGCACUGCAGAGAUCCCUCACACCUGCCGAUUUGGCCCUCAUCUGCCGACACUUCUUUGUCGCAUCCAUCGUCGAAGGUGAGAGACACCGACGAAGCAGCUCACGAGAGCACAUUGAUCAGGUGGGCCUGUGUCUCCCCCCACUGACAGAUUUUGGCCGGCGCAAGAAGAAGGCGGCACUCACGCAGGCAGCCCCAGAGGCACCUGCAGCCCCUUCUCCUGCCGUCGCCUUGCCCCCUCCCCCCUGCACCAUGCCAGAGACACAAGCCCACCAGAACCGGCCGGCCUCAUUCACCGCUCGCACCGAGGACCGCCGAUCUAUGCCCACCUCUCAAUUGUCCACGAGGCCGCCAUUCGUGCCGCCUCUGGUCUUGCCCGUACGAGAAGGCGAUGUGCGCAUCGAUAUGAAGAAGGAGAGGAAGGAGAGGCCCCCUCCACUGGGAGGGUGGUCGUGUCUCUGCGGAGGAGUUCUGGGCUUGCUGGCUGUGGUGGCGCGUUUGGCGUUUCUCUGGGCGGAGAUCGGUGGCCGGAUCUCGUACGUGGGGAUGAAUCAGUGCUGGGUGGCGGGCCUUGCCAGGGUGGGAGUGACUGGGACUCUUGGCGUCCCUUUGCUCAUCUUCUUUGUCGCGUCUCUUUCGGCCUGGUGCAACCUUGGCGCGCGAGUCACCAGCUCACUCGUAAGUGGUACCUCGCUGCGACGAUCAAGUCGCUCACUCACUUUGCGUGUCUCUUCAGUGCUCCCUAUGCGGUCGCUGCGUGAAGCAAGACGCACCCCUGACAGAGAUUGUGGUCAUCUCACACGACACAGACCGAGAGGCCGAGGAUCCUCACCGCCUCCAGCAGUCGAGCACAUCCUGCAUCCUUCGGGUUCUCGCAUGCCCUCUGGUUGUCAUUGUGGUCCCCACCACUUAUCUGCUAAUGAUCCUCACGACCAUUUUCGGCGUAUUUGGGACGAAGCUGAAUGCUGUCAUCCCCUGCGCGGCGAACACAUACCUCCGUCUCCUCUUCGGCGCGGCAGGCGAUGAAAAGGCAGACAUUUCCGCUCGUCAAAACGACACAGAAGACCACCAGCAGAGCGUUGAUGUGGACGGAGCUCAUGUGUCUCUGAAGCUUCCGCCAUCCUUGCCCUCGGUGAACCGUCCCGCCGCCAUCGGUUGCGUCACUAUGUCCACGGCCGACUCCCUCAUCCUCCCCCCGGCCCCUCUGCAAGACAAGGAGGUGACCCCCAUCAAAGAGGAGGACGAUCUGAACAUCGAUUGCCCCGACAGCAGCCCCAUCUCGCGAAGGGUCUUCCCGACCAGCCCCCCUCGCCCCCCAAUGCUGAGCCCCACCCCACACGUCAAUGCAUACCCGCUCGGCAACGCCUCUCCUUCGUCGUGGGCAUCCUCACUCCGCACACGAUUCUCCUUUCUGCCUCCCGUCUCGCCCAGCAACCCACCGGCAGGACAGCCAGCGUCGCAGAGACUGCUCUCCCGCCUGAUGGCGCUUUGGGGCGGCAAUGGGCAGCAGAACGACAAGCGAGCCAAACACGGGGCAGACGGGAAUGGCCGCAAGCCGUGGCUCGUGUUCCGCUACGUCUUGUGGCAGCACCGGGGGUCGCAGCUGCAGUCACGUGAGAGGGAAAUGAGGAAGCGCACCGAGGAGUCAGACCUGGAUGAGGGCCCUGUUUUGCCAGUGGCGGCCAAGCGGCUGCCGAUGCUGCAGCGGCUGGACGACAAGAAGAAGAGGGAGGAGCGGAUUUUCGAAUGGUUUCUCUCGAGCCUCAAACACAAGCAGGCGGUGUACCGCGAAUCGCUCAAGGGAAAGAACAAAGGCGAACCGGACAGUGCGAGCGCCUUUCCCCUCUGCAGUGCGCUUGAGUGGAUGAUAGAACAGUCGGACGACCUGCGCGAGGUAACCAAGGAGAGACACACAUCUGUCAGCACAUCAGCAUAUCUUCUUGGCCACAUCAGGACGCCUUUGUCAUCUGGCGCCGGGAGUUCCACAAGAACUGUCAUUUCUUGGACUCAAACAUGGGCUCAGACUCGGCCUGGUGCCCCUUAGACAUCCAGCACGACACUCACUCGGUCAUCCCACCCUCGCUCUCACAGCUGCUCGACGGCGCCGUGGACACGUCUUCUCCCAGGUGCGCCAUGCCCGUGUCUCCCUCGUCUUUUGGCUGGUCGACCGACCGCUCCAAUGAGGACAUGAUCGUGCCGAUGGGAGCUGAGGACCUGCUGAGAGACGGAGGAGACGAGCCAAGGAAGGAGGAGAAGAAGGAACAGAGCAGCAGCAGCACGGCCCCCAAGUCGCCGCCUUUGCCGCCUUUGGUGUACUUGCUGCCUCCCCGCCAUCACCGCACGUCGAGCAGCAAGAGCGGUGCGCGGAGGACCAAGCGAGGCGUCAAGAUGGGGUUCUUCAAGCGUCUGCCGCCACCGCUCGGCCCAUCGCCGACUAAAGACAAGAAGCAGCAGAAAGACAAGCAGGACGCACCUGUGAUAGAAGAGGCCGCAGAGAGCCACCACCAGGGAGAAGAGGCAAAGACACAGGCAGAGGUCGAGCACAUUGGUGUGGAGCAGCAGUACGAAGGGCAGACAGCCUCUCGUGUGUCGUCCUCUGCCUCGAGCUCGCCCUUCGGUGUCUCUUUCGCCUUUGUGGUGUCUCUCCUGGAUGCACUCGGGGGCUCGCUCCCCUUCCUAGUCUUCGCCCUCGCCAACGAGGUGCUCAUUCACUUCCACCCCUCACACCCACUGCCCCACCCCUUCAACGCUGGCGCUCACAUGGAUGGCUGCCCGUCGCUCAUCGCCUCUCUGCUGCCCCUCUGGCAACACCCAAUCUCGAUAUUGUCACUUGCAGAGAAGGCGAUUCGUGGCUGGGUGCACGUGUUGAUGAGUGUCGGAGGGGGAGAGGGGGAGGGGGAGGGGUCGGUUGCCGACGGUCAUCGCGAGUGGGUGCUGGUGCCGCUGUGCUUGUCGGCUGUGCAUGGUGUUGUUGUGUUGGGGUGGUUGGCGGUGUGGAUGCUCAGAAGGUGGUGCGUGAAAGGGAAGAGGGGAACGCGGUGACGAAUGACAGGGGACAUAUAUGUAUGGCUUGACUAGAUUGUUGCGUGCGAUUGAAUUCAUCUUCCACAACUUGGUGCAUUCACACGUGUG